ACCCGAGAUGCAUCGUGACUCUUGGCCACUGGAUUGUAAGGUUUUUGUAGGUAACCUUGGUAAUGAUGUCAACAAGACUGAAUUGGAGCGAGCUUUUGGAUAUUAUGGACCACUCCGAAGGGUGUGGGUUGCAAGACAUCCUCCCGGCUUUGCUUUCGUUGAUUUUGAAGAUUCUAGAGAUGCAGCUGAUGCUGUCGGAAAACUAGAUGGAAGAACACUUUGUGGCUGCCGGGUAAGGGUGGAACUAUCGUAUGGUGAGAAGAGAAGUCGUGAUUGUGGUCCACCACCUUCUUGGGGUCAUAGCCCAAGGGAUGAUUAUCGGAGAAGUCCUCCACCCCGACGCAGAUCACCACGAAGAAGAAGCUUUUCUCGCAGCUUGAGCAGGUCCCUUUCGAGAGAUAGAAGAGAGAGAUCAUUGUCACGGGAGAGAAAUCAUAAGCCUUGUCGUUCUUUUUCCAGGUCUCCUAGUCGUUCUAGGUCAAAAAAAAGGAAAUAG